AUGACAAUCGGACAAUCUAACUGUGGCUUGAAGCAAGGGAAUAGAGGUCGUGGUGGUGAUCACACAGCCAGACCUGCUGUAGGGACACAUUUUCGCAGAUCUGCUGGCAGCGUGGAAGCGGGUGCGCAUUUUGCCAUGGCCAACGUUCGCGACGUCGGAGGGCAGAUCAGACACAAUCAAGAGAUGGACCAACCACUUAGUGGUGGCGGUCAGUAUCGGCACUUUCCCCCAGCUGAUGAAGUGGGCGGGGACAGUUCAGAUAUACUGAAUUCGUCGUCUAUCGGCGACGAUAACUUAUCUCGUGGGCGCCUUGUUGGCUCUAAUAACAGCAAUAAUAACCCAACCUCCCGUGACUCUGAUAUUGAUAACGAGGCGCCUGAAAUCGACGACGAUGAUGAUGCCAACGAAAAUGGCCCUAAUAUCAACGAAAUCUCAUCAGUCUACUACAUGCGUCGCCAACAGCGACGUCAGCAGCAGCGCCUAAGACGUCGUGACACGUCUUCCGCCUCAGUCUGUGGAGACACAGCAUCAAGACGACGUCCACCCAUCAGUCUUUCGCGCUCCUCCACUCGAAUUGGUCAAUCUUCCAUACCCCCACCACCUUCGGAGCCGCCGCCUUCGCUGCCACCUUGCGGUAUCGAUCUGAGUAGUCAGUGCUCAAUGUAUCCCGUUCUCGGCGCCGGCAGAUUCGGUCUUGUCGGUCAGCAGACAUCGGCCGCACUGCCCGCCAUGCUUCACAUUCCCGGCCUGCCUGUGAACUAUCCGCCUCCAGGCGGAAUCGUGAAUCUCGGCGAUGCCAAUCACCAACUCCUGCAAAUACAGCAAGCAGCUCUGCUUCAACAACAGCUGCAUCAGCGGAUCGCCUCUGUGAAUGCUACAGUUACAAUGGGUACUCAAGGAAAUCCUUAUCUUCAGGUGAGGUACUUCCUCCUCUAA